AUGGCAUCGCAACCUCCAACUGCCGAGCGAGCCCUCCGGGAUGCUCUAGCUCGUGAAAACAUGAUUACUCAGGUACACAUGAAGAAGAAGAUCGGAGACAAUGAAGCUUUGAUGAAGGAGAUCGAAGCGUGCGCCAUGAUCGACCAUGCUGUCAAGCUUUUGAACAUCAUGAACGGCACACUCAUGAGCUACAUCGCAACAGAUAGACUCCUCCGAGCUAUGCGUACACACGAGGGCGAAGACGGACGAACGGCCUUGCCGAUUCCCACCAACUCCCAAUACUGCGAAGCGCUCCUCAAGACGCUCACUCAAGCCCUAGCGGCCACGAAUUCAAUGGCAUGCGAGAACAUCCUGGCCAUCUGGGAGCGUCCGAUCGCCUCUGUCUUGCACUCAGGAAAGCCAAGCUUCCUCGCCCUCCUCACCGCGCAGCUCGAAAUCGCGCGCUCGGAUGGGCCUAUUCAUCGGGUCAUGGCGUCUUUUGAACGACAACGGACCAGCGGUUGGGUGGUUGAGCUCAGUGCAGAGGACAUGGAGGAGCUAACGACGUCGGCGGUCAAGAUCGCAAGGCUAGCUGCUCACUUCCCAGGCGGUUCGGAAACGCUCGGCGGUCCAGGAUGGCGGUACGCUGUUAAUGAGUGUCGCGAGUUUGCGAAGUUUCCGGACGACCCGAGUUUCGAUGAGGCUAUGGAAGAGAUGGGGAUGCUCGGUCUGGACGACAUUGAGGAGGAGUGGCCGGGGGAGGGAUGA